UACCGUAAGGUAACGAGCGGAUGAAAUGAGUCAUGUUGUCUCACUGAUAGGCGCUGGCAGAUUUGCUGAACUCGUGGCGCGGUCGAUGGAAUCUCAGCACAUCGACAUACCCAGUGGUCAGACGAUGAAGGAGGAUGUCCGUCGGCAGCGGCAGCAUUACCACUGUCUUCAGGAGGACAAGAGUUUGUGGAAUCUCGCUUGUAAGCACGCCGUGAGGCAGACCGCUUCGGAUGGGAUCCUCGAUUCUGGAAACGAUCACAUCUCGAGACCUGUGACUGUCAGCUCAAUAUUUGACAUCGCAGACUGAUUGAAGAGGUCUUUCCAGAAACAGUUCGCCACCAGUCAGCAGUCGACGUUCAUUACCUUGCGAUGAGGUUCAUCGCUUGGUGAACCAUGUGUUGUGUCCACGGCCGAGGUGGAGACUCCAAAACUGUCACUUUCAGUAAUGUGGGUUCUUUUUGUGAAAUUCGUACACGACGAUCAUGAAGUCUCCGCCGCUGUAGCAUCGGUUUCGUGAUGAGGCAAGAUUGUGGGCU